UUCAAUUCAAUCAGAUAAUAUAAAUAUGGCACAGUGUUCAGUUAGAUCCUGUGAAAUUUGUGAGAGUUCUCCAGGAAGAAGGUUUUGCAUGGACUGUGAACAAUUUUUCUGUAAGACAUGUGAAUUAUCACAUUUGAAAUCUAAACCGUGUAGGAAUCAUGUUUUUCAAGAUGCCGAAAACGCCAAUGCGGAAGUAAAAACACCCAUUUGUGAACAACACCAGGAAAAGUUUACCUUUUACUGUAAUACUUGUACAUCAUUGCUUUGUAACAUUUGUUUGCCGACCACACAUAAAAAGCACGACUUCUGCCUGAUAGAUGAGGCUGCUUCAAAAACGCGACCACGCUUAGACAAAGAGGUCAAAUCAGUUGAAGGCAUCAUCAGCAGAGCUAAACAGCAAUUCAUUUCUUCUCGAUUGACCCUCAAAAACUUUGAAGAUGAAACAGACAAGGUUAAAAUGGAUAUUGUGGAAAGAAUGGCUGUAAUCAUAAAUGAUCUUGAUGCCACAAAAGAAAAUUACUUGAAAUCAGUUGAGGAACACAGAAUGAAAGAAAUCCGGAAGAUGAACCAAGAAAUUAUGAAAAUCGAAAAGGCGACUGAAAAUGGCUUAGAAAUUUUGGAUAGAAUGAAAAGCUCGAUAGAUGGACAAAAUAAUAUCAUUCUGAUGGAUGCCGUUAGUAACAUGACAAAAACUUUAAAGUCAGCUUCUCUAGUUAGUAUGGGUACUGAGUUACCAGCGCGGGUCCACUUUUUUCCAUAUUCAGGGAAACCCAACGCUCAUAAUCUGAUUGGAAAUUUGAACUUUGUAAAUCCAAAUUCUGGUUUAGGUUUUGAUGUAGAAUACCUACCUGAAGCAGAAGUUAUCGAAUGUCAAUACGAAGCCGGAGAAAUGCCGGUAGAAUUCAUGGAUCAACCAGAUUUCCAGAAUUUCCAAUAAAUCUACUAUGGAUAUUAAAUUAAUGCCACAAGAUAAUGAGGUAUCUGAUAAAAUUAAUUAUCUCUGUACAUGCAGUUUAAAUCAACGUCAUUUUGAUAUGAAUGAAAUAACAAAAAUUAAAACGACCACCAUGCAGCUGUUUGUUACGACUUAUCCAUUUUGUUUUAUGGCAUCCAAUUAAAGAAUGGGUUAUUAUGACUCAUGAAAUUCAUAAA